AUGGAACCUGGAAGGAAAGGAAAUGUCAAGUUUGCUGACCAGAAGGCCCGUAAAAAAUCAAAAUCGACUACUGACAAAAGAAAUUCGAAUAAAUUAGCUUUUGUUCAGAAGAGUUCGAACGAAAAUGUAGACGACCGGAAAGAGCCGGACAAAACGUCAACUGACCUACGUACAGCUGAAACUACUGGUCAGUUGGAUUGGGACAAUAGAGUGACCGAUGAGAAUUCGAACUGUAAUCAUACGACACAAAAACAAUCGGAGAUGACAGCAAAUGGUCAUCAAGAAACUCUUCUUGAUAAAUCGGACAAAGUCACGUGCGGCCUGACAGCUCCGGCCAAAACAGAAACUGAUGAAAAGAACGGACACGUAAUAGAUGACGGCCUGUCAUAUGAGGCCAAAGUCGCGACGGACGAAACUGGAAGCAUAAAAAUACCAACAAGAGUACAAUCUGCAACCAGCAAAGGAAGCAGCUCUGACGAUGUGGGCUCUGAGAUCAUUACACUCAAUAUAGGGGGAUUCAAGCAUCAGACAAAGUUAGAAACAAUUUCUCAGUUUCCGACAACCAGACUGGCUAAAUUAGCCGAUUCGGCUAGAUUGACUGGGAAACGGGAAUAUUUCUUUGACCGACACCCGACCUUAUUUGGGUACAUUUUGAACUUUUACAGGAUUGGGAAACUGCACGUGCCGAUAAGUCUGUGUGGUCCCUUAUUAAGAGAGGAACUCGACUUUUGGGAAAUAGACGAUAAAGAUAUCGAAAUGUGUUGUUGGGUUCACUACAUCAGUUUCGAAGACACGCUUGAAAUGAUCGAUAGAUUUGAACAAGAUGAUAAGCGUACACAGAACUCUGCACGAAACGUGGGACCAAACGAUCCCUGUUGGUACCGCCACAGGCCCAGAGUGUGGAGAGCCCUACAGGACCCUUAUUCCUCUAAAGGGGCCACGUUUUAUGCGGUCACUUCUCUGCUGGUUGUACUCUUGUCGAUUUCCGUCUUCAUCCUCGAGACGCUUCCGUACUUCGAGGCACUCACCGUCCAUGCCACGAGCGCAGGUUCCAAUAUCACGAGCGAUAUGUUACGUCACGAGCUGGAUAUAUUUUACGACAUCACACCGUACGACAUUCUGCUCAUCAUUGACAAUUCGUGCAACGUCUUUUUCUUCUUGGAAUUUUUGGUCAAGCUUCUGACGGCACCGUCCAAGAAGGGCUUUCUCACCACGCCAUUAACGAUCAUAGAAGCUAUAUGCAUCGUUCCAUAUUACAUAGCCGUGGCCAUCGUUUUUCUUCAUCCGGACCCUAUUACACUUUUCACGUUCAUAAGAGUGCUAUUCGCCUUUCGCGUGCUUCGAAUUUUUCGGAUUUUUAUUCUUAUGAAACAUUUCUUGGCUUUGAAGAUCCUGAUCUACACAAUCAAGGCUAGUACCAAAGAGCUAUUCCUUCUACUGCUUGUAGUGAUAAUUGGCGUCGUCAUCUUCGCCUGUAUUGAGUAUUACAUGGAAAUGUUCUCGACGGAAGAGAGCGACUUCAAACACAUCCCUCUUGCUUUUUGGUGGGCUAUCGUUACCAUGACGACUGUCGGUUAUGGUGACAUGACGCCGAAAUCUGGACUUGGCUAUCUUGUUGGGUCGUUGUGUGCCAUUUCCGGUGUCCUGGUUAUUGCCUUGUCCGUUCCUGCCAUUGUCAACAAUUUUACACUGUAUUACACGCAUGCGCAGUCACGAGAAAAACUUAAACAACGAAAAAGAAAGUUUCAAAUAGAAAGAUGGAAUAAACUUAUGACUACAACUGUGUACAAAAUUAAAUUCAAUAAAACGGAAGACAAAGGUCAUUCGGGGUUCAAGACAAUGAUGAACGGUCUGAUGCAAACUGGAGACUCGACGCCGAAAAUUAAUUCGGUGACCCCACUUUACCCGGAAGUGGGUUUAGAACAACCGACAGCUUCCGGUCUGAAAACUGAGGGUUCUGAAAACGAUGAUGCUGAUUCAACGGUGACGGAGGAUGUUAAAAACACCUUCAAGUCAUCGACUUAAAUGAAUCCUUAAAUGACGAAAGUCUGAUGGAGGAUAUUGAAUCGUCUGUGUCGGAAGUUAAAUCGCAUAUUGUCGAAUGAAGUUCAAACCGGAAGUAGUUUCUUACAAAACUUUCGGCAACGGAAGUUAGAAAUAAAUGCCUUUUUGCGUUCGGGAUAAAUUGGCGAAAUCCUUUUUUUCACGUGCCUUUGACGUUUAAUACGGAAAGAUUCCCUGGCUAGCAGGGUGUUUAUUGUGUAGAAGCGGUAAACCCCCAUAACAAAUGCAUCACGCCGAUGUCUGUGCUAUGCUGGAGUCCCCAGAUAUUUGGAUAUGUUUCUUGCAAUGGCAGUUCCAGAGAAUGACACUUCAUCAUGACGUCACAAUAACAACACCCAUUUGUAUUGUGACGUCACACAAAGCGCUGCACUCAUUCCCUGUCAGUGCACGAGACGUGAAUUGGGAAAAUGUUUCUUCUGUUGAAGAAAACCUCAGUUGUUUGUGAACUGUUAGUGACGUAGGAAAUGCGACAAAAAAAUGUUGAAAGAAGAAAUAUAAGGGAAAAAAGCAAACUCCCUCUGGUAUCGAGUUGGGGUACCUGUGACGUCAUACCUGUAAAUUCUUGCCUUGACGUCAUCAACUCACUUUGAAUUUCACCAUAAUAAUUGCAAAAUAUGCACGAGCCUAACCAAAAAGUUCGACUACUCGUGUUGUGUAGUUUGCCAUGA